AUGCCUAUAGCUACGGGGAGGAGGGGCGGGAUCGGACGGCCCGGGCUCGUCCACUGGACGGCCGCCCGCCGCUCGACCUCCGGGGCGGCGCCCCGGCGGGGGAUGUGCGGGAAGGCGAAGGCCGGCGACGGGGAUUCUUGUAGCUCGUCAUCUAUCGGGCAGGACAGCGACAAUGUGGCCGGCGGAUCUGCGUCGGAGGGCGAGGAAUCGAGGGAGACGGAGAUGGAGAGCGGGUCGAAGGGGCCGCUGGAUACAUUGCAAGUGCUCGAGGAGUCGCUGCCGAUGAGGCGUGGUCUCUCAGGAUUCUACGCCGGGAGAUCCAGAUCUUUCCAGAACCUUACCGACGCUGAGGCUUGUUCUUCCGCUGGGGAGAUUGGCAAGCCGGAAAACGCCUACACUCGCAAGCGCAGGAAUCAACUUGCCUCCAGUAUCGUGCAGGAGAAGUCACAUAAUGAUGAGACGGGGGGAAGCAACGAAGACCGCAGCCCAAAGAGGCAUGCUGCUGCCGGCGGGAGCACGGUGACGACGUGCACCAUCACCAGCGAUGGCUCUGCCGGCUACGAUGCUACUGCCAUCGAAGAAGCGCCAGAUCCAACUCAGUCUUCCCCGCCCGGUCUACUGCGGGAGGAAGUUGGUAACACAAGCGCCGCCGCUACCACCGAAGAAGAGCAAGAUCCAGCUCAGUUUCCCCCUCCCGGUCGACCAUAGGAAGAAUCUGGCACCACAAGCGCCACUGCUGCUGCCGCCACCGAUGAAGAAGGAGAUCCAGCUUCUGUUAUAAAUUGUUCAAAUUAAAAAAAAUUCUUUUCAAAAUAGUUAUUUUUCAAA